AUGAUGAAUUCCCCGUCGCUAGAGUUUAUUGAUAGGAUAGAUGGCUGCAUGCUUGAGCUGGAGCGUCUCAAUCUUACAAACGCCAGCCUGGAUGAGUUAAUGGAACUACCAGUGGCCUGUAACGGGUCCGUGUACGAGGAAAUGGUAAGCUACAUGGCGCCACUCCUCGAGACCGAUUUCCUGUUGGCACUCAUCUACUGCAUUGUGGUUUCGGUGGCGCUCUUCGUGGGGACGUUCGGCAAUUUGAUCAUCCUUGUGGUCUCCAUAACAACUCGCGCAAUGAACCGCGUGGGCCGGGAUUUCGUCAUCAACCUGGCGCUAGCAGACCUUUGUGUGGCCGCCGUUGCCGAUCCCAUGUGUAUACUAGGCGUGGUGAAGGGUGAACGCUGGUUCCAAGGCCGGUGGCUGCUAUGUGAGGUGGUCGCGAGCAUGUGUUUAACCGCCUGCUUUUGCGCCUUCCUGUCCCUCACACUUCUCACCUUGAACAGAUACGUGUACGUUUGCGCCAACGGAUGGUACCACCGCAUCUAUAAGAGGCCGAUCUGUAUUGCUCUAUGCGCAUGCGCGUGGAUCACGGGGUUCCUCAUGGAGUUCCCUAACUUUGUGGGCUGGGGCGACCACUACUUUGACAAGAAAAACCACCAGUGCAUCUGGGACAGGACUGCAAGCUUUUCAUACACCCUGGUCGUGUCGGCGGGUUUCAUCGGCUCUCCUCUUGUCAUGAUGGGCGCUUGCUUCAUCAUGAUCUUCUACAAGAUUUACAAGCGCAAGAAGGACGUGUUUUCUCUCAAUCUGGAAGACCCUCUGAGGAUGCGUAAGGUGUGGGUUGAGUCCCUGCGCUCCUCGCGGACGCUGCUGGUGGUGUUCCUAGCGUUCGUGGUGUGCUGGACGCCGUAUGCCAUCGUAACGGCCAUGGACGUGAACAAUUCGUUUUCGUACGAGCUGCACUUGUUCAUCACCUUGCUGGCCCACCUCCACUCCUCCCUCAACUUCAUCAUCUAUAUGGCCUGUAACAGCAACUUCCGGAAGCAAGUACUGCGUGUCUGUAUGUGUUCGAUGACGUCAUGGCGGUACCGAAGCUCAACUGACGUCAGCAACUCGUACAUCACACGAACCUCGUCCAACGACAAUACCAAAAAGUUACCCUUCACACCAUACAUUACCGCUGGCAGCCUCAGUAACGGAGCUUUGAAGAAGAUGGGCAUACCGGCAGACGGGCUGGACCGGCAUAUGCCCACUGGAAAAUAUGCUACCGAUCAUGAAUAUGUCGACUACGGCGAUAAUAAAGAGAAAUGUCAUGCUGUCCACGAUGAGCAACCGCCAUUUGAAAAAGCAAGCAACGAGAAAAAGAACAGCGAGAAAUCGAGCGAUGACAAAUCGAGCCAAGAUAGGUAUUGA